AUGUUGGCCUAUCUCUUUCCUAUUCUCUUCAUCAUUUAUGGAGUAUUGGCUCAGCCUGCAAAUCCUCCCCCCCAAAAAUGGCAAACCUUAAGUGGUUAUCCUCCUCUAGUGAUUGCUCGAGGUGGAUUCUCAGGCAUCUUUCCAGAAUCAAGCCAAUAUGCUUAUCAGUUUGCAGUAUCACCGAGCAGUUUAAAGAAUGUUGUGCUAUUCUGCGACCUUCAGUUAACAAAAGAUAGUAUUGGCAUAUGCAAGGCUGAUCUGAGGCUUGAUAACUCUACUAAUAUUGCUAGUAUUUUUCCAAAGAGAGGAAACACUUACAAAGUAAAUGGGCAACCUAUUCGAGGAUGUGAAAAAAAAAUUAAUUUCCUUUGUAUUGUCUUGCAGUACAGCACAUUCUACAAAGAACAUAAACUAGAUGCAUUAAAUUUUAUAAAGCUAGCCUCUCAAGAUAUACAGUUCAAUUUCAUCUCAUCACCAGAAAUAGACUUCCUGAAGAAUGUUGAUGUGAGCUCCAUGAAAACAAAACCAAAGCUCAUUUUUAGGUUCCUUGAUGCUGGUUCAGUCGAGCCGGCCUCGAACAAGACAUAUGGAGAUCUUCUUGAGGACUUGGUAAAUAUCAAGACAUUUGCAUCAGGAAUUUUAGUUCAAAAAGAGUAUAUAUGGCCUGUUGAUCAUAAUGGCUAUUUAGCACCUAGCACUGGCCUUGUAACACAUGCUCAUAGAGUUGGACUAGAAGUUUAUGCUUCAGGAUUUGCUAAUGAUGCUCCAGGAAGCUACAGUAACAACUUUGAUCCAGUUGAUGAGUAUCUUCAGUUUAUUGACAAUUCAAAAUUCUCUGUUGAUGGAGUUGUCACUGACUUCCCUUCCACUGCAUCAGAGGCUAUUGGUAACUUGAAAUUUGUUAUCUUCUUUUCCUUCUUAGGUUUAUUACUUGCUUUGCCCAUAACAAGAACAAAGCUCUCUCUGGAGAAGUGUACAUCGUUUACAGGUCAACCAUUGGUUAUAACUCACAACGGUGCAAGUGGAAUCUAUCCUGGAAGCACUGAUAUUGCUUAUAAACAAGCAGUAGAUGAUGGUGCAGAUAUCAUUGAUUGUUCCGUUCAAAUGUCAAAAGAUGCCAUUUUAUUUUGUUUAGACUCAGCAGAUCUUUCAGGAAGCACAACCGCAAUGCCUAAAUUCAUGUCGAAGUCUACAACAAUACCUGAGAUCCAAAACAACACUGGAAUCUUCACAUUCGAUCUCACUUGGAUUGAAAUCCAAAGCUUGAAACGUAAGAGUUGUUCUUCUUUUUUUCUUUGUUUUAUAUGUUCAAGCAGAAAGAUGAAAAUGUCUCAAACAUCUCAUUUCCCUUUUUCAGCUAAUUUGGUUAGCCCCUACUCAUCACUUGGGUUGGUAAGAAAUCCAGUUGCUAAGAACAUGGGCAAAAUCCUGACAUUGUCUGAAUUCCUAUCCUUUGCCAAAAACAGUAGUGUUCCAGGUGUCCUGAUCAAUAUUAAGAAUGCUCCCUAUCUAGCAUCAAAGAAGGGUCUAAGUAUAGUCGAUGCCGUUUCAACUGCAUUGGCUAAUGCGAGCUAUGACAAAGACAAAACAAAGAGAGUUUUAAUCCAAUCUGACGACUCUUCAGUUCUUUCAGCAUUUAAGAAGAAGAACACCUUCUAUGAAUAUGUUCUCUUGAUUCCAGAGCAAGUUGGCGAUGCACCAAAGCCAACUAUUGAUGAGAUCAAGCAAUUUGCUAAUGCUAUUAAUGUUAUAAGAUCGUCCCUAAUGGCUUAUGAUGGUGCUUUCAUUUCUCAUUACACCGACGUUACAACGGAGAUGCAUAAAUCAAAUAUAUCUGUUUAUGUAUCGGUGCUCAAAAAUGAAUUUACAACGAUAGCUUACGAUUUCUUCUCAGAUCCAAUUGUUGAAAUUGCUACUUUUGUUGGUGGAAUUGGUGUGGAUGGUCUAAUCACUGAAUACCCUGCAACAGCAAGAGCAUACUUGAGGACUCCAUGCUCAAACCUCAAUGCGAAGCUUUCCUACACAAUCUUACCAGCAGAGGCUGGAGGUCUAGCCGGGCUGGCUGCACCUGAGGCCCUACCUCCGGCUCAAUCACCAGCACCUCCUCUCAGGCCUGUAGAUGUGGUCGACCCGCCACUUCCAGAUGUUGCUAAUCUUACAAAUCCUGCUCAGGCACAGACACCAGGUUCGGAGCCAAAGGAAAGCGGUCAGCUUUCAAAUACAGCUUUUAACACUCAUCUCUGCAUCCUUAUAAUGAUGCUCAGCUUUUUUUGUUUAAGGCACCAAUGA